GCUGGAAACAGGGCAGACCCUCUGCCAGGAGCCCGGCUGUUCUCUGCGGAUUCUCACAACCUGUGUGGAAAGCGGUUUGGCAGCAUCUCCUCAGAUCGCACCCUUUAACCUCGCUUCCAGGCGUCUGCUCCAUAGGAGUAGGGGCAGUUGUGAACACAGGUCUGAACGUUAUCCUGGAAAAAGCGGUCCUUGGCAUGCUGCCUGAACGUCCAGGGCUGGGGAGGUGUUCCUGCAAGCUACCGCCCCACCUUUCAUGGGGUGCUUUGCAGGACCAAAGGGGAAGCUCGGUGCCCGCAGCGAUGUGAGGGCGAGGGGCCGGAACUCCAGCAGGGCUGGGCCAGGGAGGCUGGCGCGGGUUCAUUCCUUUGUGUAGAUUCCCCCCUCCACCCCCUUCUCUCUUUCUUUCCUUCUUUCUUCCCUUUCCUCCCCUUUCUUUUCUUCUUUUAUUAAUUUGUCAGAUGAGGGCAACCUUUAAAUCUUAGUGGUUUUCAAAUAUAAACUUUUCUUCAAAAUCAAGAGUUAAAACCACAUUUUGCUGAUCCUGCCGCGGGGUUGGGCCCCUGGACUCCCCUUCGCAGGAGUGAGAAGGGCCUCUGCCCUGCCCCCGGCCCAGGGCACCGCCUCCACCCACCCCCCUCAACCCCGGCCACCAUUUAGAGAGGCCUGGACACCCUUCUGGCAGAUGCUGGGGAAAUCUGAUGACCGGACCCGGGUGGCACCGCCCCCACUGAACGCAGAGGAGAAGCGAAAGGAACAGUAGUGACCACGUGCCUGAGAUGUGGGGGAAGUGGAGAGGAGGAGGUACGGGGAGGGGGCAGCAGCAGAACAGAGAGAAGGUUCAGAGGAGCAGGUUCAGAGGAGCAAGGCGAACUCCCAGCGUCAGCACAGGGCUGGGACCUGGUGCACAACCAAGGGCUGGACAGUUGUGGGGACUACGAGGCAACUCUUGGGGGGCAACGAUGCCACGCCUUCUCUCUUGACCCCCACCUUACAAGCACCUGCGGCAGGAGGGGCCUCGCAGAGUUGGUCUGAGGAUUGCUGUGUGGUCAGCCUGUGGUCAUCACGGGUCCUUGUCAUGACUGUUGUCUUGUUUGCAGAGGGGCCCCAGCGGACUCCGGAUGCAGAGCCUCCUGCAGCUGCUGAGGGGCAGGGGGGGCGCAGGUCCGCCCCUGGCGGAGCUGGUGAGCCUUGCAGGCAGGCUGUGCCGGGACCUCCAGGACGACCCUGCCCAGGUGCAGCCCUUGGUCACGGCGGUGCUGGACAGCCAGCUCCGCCUGCAACUCCUGGACAACGUGGACGUGGCCCUGGUGUGUGCCCGCGUGCUGGCCCAGCAGGAGCAGCACCAGGCCGCCCGCCAGCUGCUGGAGGGAUUCCGGGUGCCGGGAGGCAGCCCCGAGCUGGUGCAGCUCUGGAAUGACAUUCACUACUGUCUGCUCAUGAAGAGGCUUGGUGUGGCCAUGCUGACCCCCGUGCAGAAGUUCAGGUGCAGGAAGAGGAACCCACCGCCUCCCUCCCUCUGCCCUGACGGCCUCAAGAGCCGGAACUUCCCCAGAGAAGUUCGCCAGAAGCUGCAGGACUUUGCCUCGAGAGUGAGCGCCAACCCCAGCAAGGCCCAGCGGGAGGACCUGGCCUCGGAGACGUGCUUGACCAUGGAGCAGGUCUACAACUGGUUUGCCAAUUACCGGCGGCGCCAGAGGGCCCUUGUGCAGCGUGCAGCGCCAGCCCAAGACACGGUGGACAACCCCAGCGUGACGGAGGCAGGUCCAUGCCCUCUGCAACCUGCAGGCCACCCCCACCUUGGCUCUGGGUGUGUGGACAGGCCUCAGUGGUCAGGACCUGAGGAAGGUGGGCCUGUACAGACCCAGGAGGCCACCCAAGGGCCGUGGGAGCCCCUGGCCCUGACCCCGGACUUCUCUGGAGAUGGGAGUAUGCCACAAUCACUGGCUUCCAGGUCUCUGCAAGGUGGUGAGAGGUACCAGGGGGGACCUGGCCAUGGUCCUGCCGCUCUCCCCACUGUCUGCCCUAGCCCCGGCCUCUGCCCUCUGGCUGCUGGCAACGACACACUGGACCCCUCUCUGGCUGCCCCCGAGUCAUGGCUGAUGUCCCGUGCACUGGCAUCCUCCAAGGAAGAUCCCCUCCAGACUGGGCAGCUGGUCUGUGGUCUUGGGGUGGACUUGGCCAUGCACCCUCCUGAUGCUGCUGUGGCUGCGUCCGUUGCUGCCCCCGGUGAGCCCGGCCCCACAGGAUUUGCUGACCCUCCCAGCGUCAACCCCCAGAGCACGUACCUGCAGGAGGGUCCAGGCACCAGCGGUGGCUGGACAGAGGGACUGGCGGGUGGCUUCCUGAUGACACAGCCCCCAGCGCAGGCUCCCGAAUUCAUCCUUGCCCAGAGCACCCCGGAGCUGGCCCCAGCCCCGCCUGCCUUUCCUGGCCCCUUGCCUGCCGUGGAGCUGAGCCAGCCCCUGCCCUCUGGCCAGGUGCUGUGGCCUGAUGGCCAGGCCUCCAGUGACACCUUCUGGGGAGCCAGGAUGCUCCUUGAGCUUUCAAGGGGCAGCCUGGGCUGAGCUGCCCCUUGGGAGCCCAGCCGGUGUCCCAGGGGGAGCAUGUGUGGACAUCCGGCAACACAAGUUUCAGAGCCUUGUCCCCUACUGGAGGGAGGUCCCCAGAGUCCCCUGGGGUCCUGCUGAGAAGCACUGAGGGCAGCUGAGCCCUCUGCUGUGUUGGAAGAAUUUGGUUGGCAACUCCUUAUACUGGAGGCAGCAGCUGAGGUCAGAAGUCAAGGUGGGUCUGUUGUCAGGCAGCAGCUGGCUGCAGCUAGGGUCCUGGGCAUGGCUGGGCAGUGAAGCCCUUCUCCAGAGAGGGAGGUGGCACUGCUGGCCACCCUCCUGCCUGUCCUGUCCAGUGACAAGGCCCCCCUGACUUGGUGAGUGCCAUGUGGGCUGCAUUGGACAUGGCUGUGUCCAGGGCUUCCUCGGAGGCAUGAGUGCUUGGGGAGAGCCAGCCCGGGUGGGAAGGGCGCCUUCCCCUCAGCCUGGGAUUCAUUGUGUUUGCUGAACUGAUGUUCUGUUCAAUUAAAUGAAAGUUUGAUGUUCUGAA